AUGUCCACUACCCAUCCCCGCCCUAAAGCCCUCUUCUUUGACUUCAUGGGCACCUGUCUCGACUGGCACACCAGCAUCGUUUCCGGCUUCUCCACAACCAACUCCCCGUCCCCCAUCCGCGGUCCCGCCGCCUCAGAAAUAGCCAUGGCCUGGCGCCUCGGCUACUUUGCAGCGCGCCGCGCUCGCAGCGAUGCAGGGCUUGCCGUCGAGGAUAUCGAUAUCACGCACCGGCGAGUCCUGGAUCAACUGCUGGAGGAGAGGGGGUUUGGGUAUGAGAGUUGGAGCGAGGGGGCUAGGCGGGAGAUGGUGGCGAGGUGGCAUGAGCAGAAAGCGUGGCCGGAUGUAGCACCUGCGCUGGAGAGAUUGAGGGGGAAGUUUGAUCUUGUCGUUCACGCAAACGGAACCACGCGGCUACAAAUCGACCUUGUGAAAUCCUCGCAUCUGAAUUUCGACGCGGUGCUUUCUUCAGAAUUACUGGAAGUCGCGAAGCCUGAGCCGGAGAUGUAUGAGAAGGGCAUGAGGCUGCUGAAGUUGAAACCAGAGGAGUGUAUGACUGUUGCGGCGCAUUAUUAUGAUGUAGUUGGGGCGAAGAAUGUGGGUAUGCAAACUGCGUAUAUCAGGCGAGACACGGAAGAUCCAGAGGAGGAUAUGGAGGAGGUGGAGAGGGAGAUUGACCAUUUCUUUGAUGGGACAGGCGGUGGGGUGGAGGUCGGGUUGAGUAAGCUUGCGGAUUUUCUAUUGAGUUUAGAAAAUUAA